CUUCCGGCGGGUCGCCCACGCGGCCUGGUUCUCGAGCUCGACGCAGGCUCAGCCAAUGGUCGCCGCCAACCGUCCGGGGUCUGAGUUCUACAGAUUUUGGUUCUCGCUUCUGGCCCGCCGAGCCCUCCGCGCUCGCCGUCCCGCUCCCGUUCCAACCCGCCGCUCCGGGCCUGCCGCGGGACCCCAACCGGUCGCAGCGCUGCCGAGCCCUGAAAACAUCUUUCCCAGUGUCUGGCCAGAGGUAUAGGGAGCGACGGGUGUAAUCUCCAGGCGAGAAGGAACAAGGCCCACCAGGAACAAUGGCGACCUCUCCCGGCCUCCAGCACGUGCCACCCCUGGAGCAGGAUGAGGAUGAGAUCCUGAUAGUGAAGGUGGAAGAGGACUACUGCUGGGAGGUGGAGCCCUCCCUGGAGACAGAAGACCCUAGCCCCGAGACCUUCCGCCAGCUCUUCCGGCUUUUCUGCUACCAGGAGGUGGCUGGACCUCGGGAGGCUCUGAGCCGCCUCUGGGAACUCUGCUGCCGCUGGCUGCGGCCCGAGCUGCGCACCAAGGAGCAAAUCCUGGAGCUGCUGGUGCUGGAGCAGUUCCUGACGGUGCUGCCGGGGGAGAUCCAGGCCAGGGUGCGGGAGCAGCAGCCAGAGAGUGGUGAGGAGGCCGUGGUCCUCGUGGAAGGGCUGCAGCGGGAGCCCAGGAAGCAAAGGCAGCGGGAUCCAAAGGUGCUCCCUGAUGACGCGGUGUCCCACGGGACAGGGGAGUGGUUCUUGAAAUGCCAGGUGGCGGCCCAGCCAGAAGAGCUGUCUCUGGAGGAAGGGGCUCAGCACUCCAGCCAGCACCCCCCAGCCCAGCUGAGCCACAGACCAAAAAGAGGCUCCCAGCUCUGGCCAAAGACAGGCCCAGCGGCCUCCCGGCAUCAGGAGACGUCAGCACUGGCCACAUCUUUCCUUUCAGCCUGGUCCCAGCAGGUGCCGGUGACCUUGGAGGACGUGGCUGUGUACCUGUCCCAGGAGGAGUGGGGAUGCCUAGACCUGGCUCAGCAGGCCCACAGCUGCGAUGUGCUGCCGGAGGAUGAGGGACUCUGCACUCUCGGGCCCCAUCUGACUGCCCAGCAGGGGCGAGGGGAAGGCCUGUGGGACCCAGCUCGUACGGCGGGGCCGAGGGAAGUCUCUGGCAGUGCCGGCUCAGAGCUUGGGAGGCAAUUUGAGGAUGGAGAGGACGCCAGGGCGGUUGCAUCGAUGAGAACUGGGUGGGGCCGAGCGCUCCCAGGUCCGGGUCAGGGGCCCGACCCAACCAGACCCCAGUGGCCUCUGGACAGAGGGGGGCCGCUCGGGGUCCGAAAGCCACACACAUGCCCUGAGUGCGGCAAGGCCUUUAGUAAGACGUCCCAUCUGACCAAGCACCAGCGCACACACACCGGGGAGCGGCCCUACCAGUGUCAGGUGUGUGGGAAGCGCUUUGGCGACCGCUCCAACUGCAGCACACACCAGCGGGUGCACACGGGUGAGAAGCCCUACGCCUGCGCCGAGUGCGGGAAGCGCUUCAGCCAGAGCUCCAGCCUGGUCAUCCACCGCAGGACACACACCGGGGAGCGGCCCUAUGCCUGUGCUGAGUGCGGGAAGCGCUUUAACAACAGCUCGCACUUCAGUGCACAUCGCAGGACUCACACUGGUGAGAAGCCCCACACCUGCCCGGCCUGCGGCAGGGGCUUCCGCCGGAGCACUGACCUCCGCAAGCACCAGCGCACGCAUGGCAGGGAGCAGCCGCUGCACAGAUCCCUGAGGCUCCAGGACGCCCCCGGGACCCGGGCCUGAUGAUGCGAUUUGGAAAGCUGCCAGAGUCGUUUCUGUCCCGGAGCCGGAAAUCCUGGUCUUCAGGCAUCUUCACACUCCAGUUUCUCCCACGGGCCCAGCACGAGGACACACAGUGGGACGUUUGGGGGGCCCAGGCCGAGGGAGGAAGCUGGGCCCUGCAGGUGUAUGAGGGCCUGGGGCUGCCACACAAAGAACCACGCACUGGGCCACUUAGAGCAGCAGGAAUUGUCUCACAGUUCUGGAGGCUCUGAGGGAGGAUUGGUCCCAGGCGGCUCCUGGUACUGCCAGCUGUCCUUGGCACUCCUGGGCUUGUGGCCAUAUCACUCUGCCUCUGCCUCCCCACGGCAUCUGUGUGUGUCUCCACAUGUUGUCUCCCCUUGUAAGGACACAGUCAUUGGAUUUAGGGCAGCCGCAGUCCAGAGUGGCCUCACCUUAACUAACUACAUCUGCAGAGACUUUGUCUCCAGGUAAGGUCAUUCUGGAUAUGCGUUUGGGGGACACUCUUCUGCCCACUUUGGGGGAAGGCUUGACGGCUGCGGGCGCUUGCAGCUUGGCGUACCCCAGCUUUCCCUGGGCUUGCUCUCCUGCCUUCCUCCCCAACCUUGCUGCACAUUCAGAACGUAGCCUGUGGGGGAUUUUCCAGUAUCACAGUGGUUAGGGGUCACCUUCUCAGAGCCAUAGCUGUUCUAUAGAUGACUGGCUGGUGUGGGAAUGCUUCCCUGAGAUGUCAUCUUCCAGCCUCCUCCAGCCUGUCAGAAAGUCCCCAGGGUAGGGCACCAGGGCUGCCUUUGUUCUGGCCCAAGUGGCCGUGUCCCAGGAUGCAGGCUGGCCUUGGUUGCCCCACUUGGACUUUCUGAGGUGGGUGUGCCUGUCAGAUCUGUUCACAUCUGUGGUCUCGUGAGUGGCUGAGGGGAGCAGCACGAGGCAAUGUUUGCUUUAGUCAUUAGUGAAGUUGUGGGGCAGCUCUGAAACCACUGGGUUCCGGAAUGUUCCAUCCAAAUACUAGACGUAUUUUUACCUUUCCACACAACCCAGGUUCCAGGCUGUGUGACCUGUUCUCUGUUCCCUUAAUAAACGACGUUAGUCCUCCUGGCCCCUGUGCUCUGUCCUGUGUGCUCUCUGGAGAAUGGGGCCGCCCAAGUGCAGGGAUGGUCUUUACCUUCUGGGCCAGCUCGUGGGGCACAGAGUGUCCAGCCAGAUCCAUCCAGGCCGGUGCUGCCGACCACCCACCUGCCCCUCACAGGCUCACUUCUCUCAUGUCCAGGCUGGUGCUGGAGGUGGCUGCCCUCUGCUGCCUGAGAGCUGGAGCCAUCCAAUGCCUGUUCCCUGACAUUCUUCCACACAGUCCUGUAACAGGCCCUCAUGAUUCUCCUGCUCUAGAUGGAAACUGAGACCCUGGAGCUUGAAGCACCAGUUGGCAGAAGCAGCUUUUUUUUUUUUAAUUAAUUAAUUUAUUUAUUGGCUGUUUUGGAUCUUUGUUGCUGCACACAGGCUUUCUCUAGUUGUGAGUGGGGGCUGUUCUUCAUUGCAGAGCGUGGGCAUCUCAUUGUGGUGCCUUCUGUUGUUGCAGAGCAUGGGCUCUAGGCAUGUGGGCUUCAGUAGUUGUGGUGCACGGGCUUAGUUGCUCUGCGGCGUGUAGGAUCUUCCGGAUCAGGGACUGAACCCGUGUCCUCUGCACUGGCAGGCGGAUUCUUAACCACUGCGCCACCAGGGAAGUCCCAGGACUGACUUUAAACCCAUGUCUGAGCUCCUACCACCUCAUCCUUCUGGUUUGCCUUGACAGUAAUUCUCAGAGUUGAACUUGGCACUAAGAGUUUAUUUUCUGUCACUGUUGGGAAAACAUCCUGAGUGAAUUUACUGCUAUUAAAAGGGGUGGAGAGUGGGGGAAGUGGAAUUUUUAAAAUAGCAUUUGCUCUUGAGAGCUAGUGGCUGCAGUGGAGGCUGCAUGUUCAGGCUGCCUGCCCAGCGCCUGAGCCCUGACCAUGCUGUGUGCACCCUGGAGUGGGAGGUGGGGGGCCGCUGCAGAGGGGAGAGGACCUGAGGGCCCCAGGUGAUGGUGGUCUGGCCACAGUGCCUGCAGGAGAGGCCUCCCCCAGGCCUCCUGUGACCUUGGUAGACGCUGUCUUACAACUGGCUUGUAAUAACAACGUCCCUUGUUGGGAAUGGGGGCUGCUGGUGAGGCCCCCUGUGGCCAGAUCAAGUGGAGUCUGUGGCCCCGAUCCUUUUUUAUUUAUUUUUUUGGCUGCAUUAGGUCUUAAUUGUUGCAUGCAGGAUCUUUUGUUGCAGUACGUGGGCUUCUUUCUUGUUGUGGCACGUGGGCUCAGUAGUUACAGCACGCAGGCUCCAGAGUGCACGGGCUUAGUGGCCCCGCAGCAUAUGGGAUCUUAGUCCCCUGAGUAGGGAUCAAACCCAUGUCCCCUGCAUUGAAAGGUGGAUUCUUAACCACUGGGCCACCAGGGAAGUCCCGUGGCCCCAAUCUUGGCUGCGCAUGGCUGGCUGAGGCCGGGCAGAGCCUGCCUUAUCUGGAGCCAGGCUGGAUGGGAAGAGGCCCUUGCCCACCCUCAGUGGAUGGCAGCUGGCAGUGACCCCAGCUAAACGCUGGAACCUGUGCCCAAAUGCCAAGGACCCUGCUGGGCUUCCUGAUCCCAUGGCAUAGGGGGCCCGAGAUGAUUGCUCUGCUCUUCCCAUGGGGCAGACAGGGCAGAGGGUGCUGAGACUCUGAGACCUUGGAAACAAGUUGGUCAGAGAACAGAGGUGCCACAGAUCAGGGCUCCAGCCUGUUGGGAGCAGCUGGGCUAGGUUACGUGAAAGGACUGAAAACCAGGGAGUGAGGUGACAGUGCUAGGAAAGUAGCGGCAAGGGAGAUGGCAGAGCCUCCUGUGGCCCUAGCUCUUGCUGGUUGUCCACAAGCUCCACUGUCCAUGGGGACAGUUUCAGGUGUUAGAAUAUUCACAUUCUCUCUACAGUUAAGUCAUCCACCUUUACUUUGUUUUUUUUUGUUUUUUGUUUUUUUUAUAAAUUUAUUUAUUUAUUUAUUAUUGGCUGUGUUGGGCCUCCAUUGCUGCACACGGGCUUUCUCUAGUUGCAGCGAGCGGAGGCUGCUCUUUUUUGUGGUGCGUGGGCUCCUCAUUGCCAUGGCUUCUCUUGUGGAGCACGGGCUCUAGGUGUGUGGGCUUCAGUAGUUGCAGCACACGGGCUCAAUAGUUGUGGCUCACGGGCUCUAAAGCCUGGGCUCAUGGGCUCUAAAGAGCAGGCUCAGUAGUUGUGGCGCAUGAGCUUAGUUGCUCCAUGGCAUGUGGGAUCUUCCUGGAGCAGGGCUUGAACCCGUGUACCCCGCAUGGCAGGCAGAUUCUUAAUGACUGCCAUCUAGGAAGCCCCACCUUUACUUUGGAAAGAGCCUAUAU